UCAAAUCAACUUCCCCAAACUGUCAACAGUCGUCGAUUCGUCCGAAGGAUCGUUGACCACUUAAAAAGCGGACUUCGUGCCCGUGGGGCUUGGGUGAAAAAAAGGACUUUUUUUCACACGAUGAAAAGAAGCUAGAGCCGUGUCGGGGGUGUCGUUAGUCGAGGUGGCUAAUGGCAUUUUGAAAAGUAUGCCUGUUUAAUGGGAGGCGGAAUGGCGUUGACACUCCUCUGAGCCGAGAUGGAAAAUAAAGAGCACCCGGAGCUCAACCUCGGGGUUGGACGGAUAAGUCCAGGACUGCCAACACCCGAUUCUCAAGGCCGACCGAUAAUUUAUUGCAAAUAGCAAAAGCUAGAAUUGCUGGUGAGACAAGAAGUGUUUAGGCUCAACUCGACACAUAUUUGUAUGUUGGAAGAGUUUGAAGUGCUAGAUGCCCUUUAUCCAGAGACGCAGAUAUUCGAAAAUGCAGACAUUUGGAAAAAACAGAAAUGCCACAAAUGCGGUGAAACGUUCACCAGCCGGCAGUCGAGACAGCAGCACAUGAAGGAAAGACACAGCGGCUCUUUCGUCUGCGAAAUAUGCGGAAAGUCGUUUUCACAGAGAAGCGGGCUGACACAUCACCUGCCGAUGCACUCGGAAGUGAAAGCUUUCCAGUGCAACAUCUGCGGCAAGUCGUUUCGCCAGCGGAGUGGCCUUACGCAUCACAAACAGACCCAUUCCGAAGUCAAGGCAUUUGUCUGUGACAUCUGCGGCAAACACUUCGCCCAAGGGAGUGGGUUGAUACACCAUAAAUCGACGCAUUCCCUAGUCAAAAACUUUGCUUGCAAUUACUGCGGUAAAAAAUUCGCACAGAGGAGUGGUUUAGCGCACCAUAAAAAUAUCCAUACCAAAAGCGUUGCGAAUAUUUUAUCGACAAAUUCGACAAUAAGCGGCAAUACAUUAUUAACAGAGAGUCCCAAUGUGUACAAAAUGAAAGUAGAAGAACCCAUCGUCCCUAUCGUUAUUUCGCUACCCAUGGAAGGCCAAGUCCUAUCGCUUUCAAGCAGUAGUAAUACUAAGUAAUAGUCCUCACAUAAGAAAACUGAAAUCUAAUCAAACAAAUAUUUUAAAUAACUUUAAACUAAAGAAAUUUUCUAUGUAAUUAUUUAUUUACAGAACAUUUUCCAAGACAAUAAUAUUGUAAGCCCACUUGGUUUCGCUAAACAGGAUUAAUGACAAAGAAAGUGUAAUAUUUAACUAAAAUUAUUUAUUUAAGUGUAUGAUGUAUAGCUAUAGGAUUCUAUCUAAUUUUAGACAAGUAUUAUGAUCCAGUAUGUGCAAUGUAAAUGUACUCGUACGUGAGUAAAGUGAAAACGUCCAAUAUGUAAUGAAUGACAAGAUUAUUAUAAAAUCCAUAGUUCCUUGAUAUCUACAUUGUAGAAACUUGUCAAAAGCAGGUGACCAAUGUGGUAAGGAUGAAUAAAAAAUUCAUUUUAGUAAUA